UUUUUUGCCACUUGCGAGUUUAUAAUACUCCAUCUAUCGAUGAAUUCAUAAAGCUCAACGUUAACAACUUUGAUUACGAUGGGUUUUUUUUGGCAAAACAAAUGCCAGCUAAAGUCAUGAGCGGUCGCACGUGCUUAUAAUCUCACCGCAGCAGAAGCGAUCGAGCAGUGACUCUCCUCGCUUGUUUUUCACCAAACGUGCCAUAAGAAAUUUCACGUAAAAAAAAAAGGAAAAAGAAAUCCUCGAGUUCAAUCAACAUCGUUAAAACGAUGAUUCCUCAUCCAGACGUCAACACUUUCUUUCACGGCUUCGGGCCUCAUCUAUCUCGGAAAAUCAUCAAUCGGAUGGUAGACAAAGCUCUUUACAAAAAGACCGAAGUUACCGACCAGAGAGUCCACGAUUUCUUUCAAAUCGAGUCGAAUCAGCCGCGAUGCUACGCGCCCGACGUCGAUCCCACCAAGACGAAGUUAGCCUGGGGUCCGUUCGCGCUCCCGAAACUCAAACGAGAGCUCGGAAGUCACGACACGUUGAUCGUGAGACAGGCGGUGACGACGCUCGCCGAUCUCGUCUACGAUCCCGUCAAGAUAGUGGACGCCAAAAAACUCCACAUUCCCAGCAAAUUGGCCAUGCUGCUGCAAUCGAACGAUCCCUACAUACGGGAGCGCGUGACGAUGACGUUCAAGACGAUGGCCCAGCACGCCGUCGGUCUCGAGCUAAUCUCGCAGAAUCGCACGAUAAUCGCGAAUCUAUCGAGCUGCUUCAAGGAUCAAUUAGCGGCGGUGCGCUUUCAGGCGGCUCUCGUCGUCGAGACGCUCGUCCUCGACUGCGAAGCUGCCCAACAAUUGAGCGUCUGUGGCUUCGUCGAGUCCAUCAAUUCGAGGCUUUGUAGCGAAUUGAAAUACAUAUUGGUCGUUCAUCUGCGGAUUUUGAACGAGCUGCUGCAUCGGAACAUAAAGAGACAAUGCGUCGAUCUGGGCAUGUUCGCGAAUCUGCAGGCGCUGCUGAAGCGACGGAGCGAGGACGUACUGUGCGGGGCUCUGGCCUGCCUGGCUCUGCUCUGUCAGGAUCCCUGCGCCCGCGAAUUGGCAAUCGAGGCGGAUCUGCUGAAUACUUUAAAGCCCCUCGUAUUGGAGGACGACAGAGUGUCGGUAAACACGGAAGCGGCAUUGUGCGCCUGCCUCGUAACGAUCGCGACCAAAGGCAAGCUGCGACUGCUCCAGCUGGAAAUGACGUCGCCCCUGGUGCAGCUGGCGCUUAACAAGUGUCGCUACUGCAGAAAUCCAAGACUUCUCCUUGCCAUUAUCAAGUUGUUGACGAACGUCAGCGAGGCACCCGAUGGACGUCGUUUAUUGUUGGAGAAACAUUACUGCGACAUCGUGGGCAUCGAAGUCGGCGGCAACGAGCUCGUGGAGCAGCACCGACGGAUUCUCCUCGACACCAUCAAUUGGGAGCCUUAA